AUGAAACGUGGAUCAGGUUUGGAAGCGAAUGAUAGAAUUAAAUGGACUGUGACUGAUAGGGCAUUUAAUUCAAGAAUUCAAAGCGGAACAAUUAUUAAUAUGAGUCACAUAGAUGUUAAUUUAUUCUUAGAUGAUGCCUUUUCAAUUUAUGAAGAUCAAGUUAAAGCCUGUUUAAAUAGGUUAGGUUGCUUAAAAGUUUAUACAGUUUUGGUAGCUAAAUUUAAAAAGACUUUAGCUGAUGGAACAAGUAUUUUAGAUUUGAAAUCAUUUAUUGCAAAAACAGGCGAGAUUUUCCCUGCAACAGAUUUAAAUAACUUUUAUAAUGAAAAUGUUAAGCAAAUAACCCUCAAACUUAUGGAAGAAUUUCAGGAGAAAGAAUCAAAUUGGCAACUUCACUCUAUUCUCAGAUUAGAUGUGAACUUUAACAAAUACAACCCUAUGCGUGUUGGUUGUUUCAUUAAACUGCCACUUGCCAUUGAACGAAAAAAAGCCUGUAUAAAUGUCCGAAAAGAAGGUAAUGAAUGCUUCAAGUGGGCGAUUCUUUCAGCAUUAUAUCAAACCUCCUCUAAUUCGGGAAGAGUGAAAAAAUAUGAGAAAUUUGAAGAUACUUUAAAUUUUACAGGUAUUACAUUUCCUGUAACAUUUAAGGAUAUCCGAAAAUUUGAAUCUCAAAAUGAUGUUUCAGUAAAUGUUUAUGGUUUACAAAAGCAUAAAUCAAAAUUUACUGUAAUACCAUUAUAUCUCUUAUCUAGUAAGAAAGUCUCACAUGUGAAUCUUUUACGCAUUGAGGAAGAUUAUGAUGAAUGUGAGGAGGAAGAUUGUGUUGAAAAAUCAAACACUACCACCUCAUUCACUUAUCAUUUCGUUUGGAUAAAAAAUUUAUCCAGGCUUGUAGGCAAACAAUUAUCACAGUCUGAAUAUAAGAAGCAUAUUUGUGAUCGGUGUUUACAUUAUUUUAAAAAUGAAGAGGAGCUUAAUAAUCAUAUAGAAAAUUGUAUAAAACUAAAUAAAACUAAAGUUAUUUUACCAAAGCCUGGACAAAAUAGGGUUCAUUUUAAGAAUUUUUAUAACAAGGAGCGUGCUCCGUUUAUCAUAUAUGCUGACUGUGAGAGCCUACUGCUUCCUGCGACUGAUUCUUCAUUCGUAGGGGAUAAUACAGAAGUUUUUCAAAAACAUAAACUUCUGAGCAUUGGCUACUAUUUAAAGUGUUAUGAUGACACUUUAUCAGUACACAAAGCAUCCCCUAUUAAUGAAGAAGAUGCAGCAAAAUGGUUUGCUCGUGAAUUAAAACAAGUGGCAGAGGAUGUUGAGCCUGUUUUUAUAACUAACGUUCCGAUGGAAGUCUUAAAUGCAACUCAAAAAGCAGCAUUCAAAAAUACUAAUGUUUGUCACAUCUGCAGAAAAAUUAUCACGCAUGGGGGUGUUAAGGUUAGAGAUCACUGUCAUAUAACUGGUAAAUAUAGAGGAGUCGCUCAUCAGGAUUGCAAUCUGAAAUAUCAGGUUUCAAAAACUAUUCCUGUGGUUUUCCAUAACUUGAGUGGAUAUGAUGCACAUUUCAUUAUAAAAGCUAUCGCGACUGAGUUUGAGGGUAAUGUUAGCCUCCUUCCAAUUAAUAAAGAAAAAUAUAUAAGUUUUACUAAACACGUUGCAGCAAAUGAUAUCAAAUUUAAAUUUAUAGAUUCCUUUAGAUUCAUGGCAUCAUCUUUGGAUAAAUUAGCAUCUUAUUUGACGAAUUAUAAUAUUGUAAAUUCUGAAUUUCAAGCCUAUGAUAUGGAUAAAAUUCAGUUACUAACCCGUAAAGGAAUUUUUCCAUAUGAGUACUUGGAUUGUAGAUUAAAACUUAAUGAGGAACAACUACCGCCAAUAGAGAAAUUUUACAGUACCUUAAAUGAUUCAAAUAUAAGUAAUGAAGAUUAUCUACAUGCACAAGAGGUUUGGUCUGCAUUUAAUUGCAAAAAUAUCGGUGAUUAUGUAUAUUUAUACAUGAAAACAGACAUUUUAUUACUUGCAGAUGUUUUUGAAAAUUUUAGAGACCAAUGUCUUGAUGCAUAUGGUUUAGAUCCAGCUCACUAUUAUACAACUCCUUGA